AUGACCGAAUUAUUUUCUCCUGAAAUUCUCUCAGAAAUAUUCAAAUUUCUUUAUGUGUCAGAUCAUCAAAAAAGUAAUCUUUUUAAUUGUGUUAUAGUCAAUAGAUUUUGGUGUAGAACAGCAAUUCCAGUUCUUUGGUCGGAUCCAUUUAGAUUUUUUGAUUACGAAAUACCAGAUGGAUUAAUUACCAUUUAUAUCGCUUGCCUAACUAAGAGAGAGAGGCGUAGUCUUAAAAGGAAAGGAAUUGAAGUUCCGAUGAAGGUCAAAUCACCAUCAUUUGAUUAUAUUACUUUUCUCAAGAAUUUAAAUUAUUAUGGUCUUAUCUCAUCAUUAUUUCAUUUCGGAUGUAAUGGGAUCUAUAAGAAAAACGACUCAUUUGAUAUUAUGUUGCCAGCUUUACUUGAGAUACUUGCAAAUAGAGAUCUUAUUUUACAAUCGUUGGAACUUGAGAAUCAUGAUCGACGCGGUGAUUGGGAUAAUGAAUACAUGCAUCUCGUAAAUCCAAAUGUUCGUUCUUUGGUAGAGCCAGUAAAAAAAUUAUAUCUAGAUUGUAAAGUAUUAAAUGCAAAAUUCUUACCAUUACUUAAUGGAGAAUGUCAAAGCGUUCGACAUUUGCAUAUAAAUUUGCAUUUUCAAAAUUCUAAAAAAGAGAACAUAAUUUGUGAGAGAGAUGUAACAUAUUAUGCCGAUUUGAUUGAACGACAAGAAUCAUUAGAAGUCUUAAUGAUUACAAAUUUUGUUAGAUGUUUUAAAAAAAUCUUUCCAUCUUUUAAAAAACAAGCAAAAUCGUUACGGGUAAUAGAAUUUAUUAAUUCUGAUUUCAAGGAAUGUGAAUCUCUAGAGGAAAUAGCCAACUGUGAGAAUUUACAAUGUUUGAUUUUUAGGAAAUGUGAUAAUUUGACAGAUGAAAUAUUCAGGCCUUUAUUUAAUGCCAAUUUACCAAAACUUCAACAAGUUUCUUUGGAACAUUCUAAAAGAGACAAAGAAAUUGAAAUAUGGUUACAAAGUUUUAUGCAAGAAAGAAAUUAG